CUGUGGCUCUCAAAGAUGGAACAGCUCAAAAAAGAAAGGUGACGAGCAAUGCGAACAAAACAAUGUCUGCUGAAACAGAUAAGAAGCACGUCCACAGCAAUGUGACAACAGAUCUGAGAGAGUCCGUAAAGAAAAAGGUGGACAGUGAGGAAACGUUAACGACCACUCAGACGAAAACGCACGUCAACAGGACCAAGAAAUUGAUCAGCAUCGGGAUGGUUGAGGCUCAUAACAUAACCGCAACUGGAUUUGUCAUAACAUGGGAAGCCCCUCAGGGAUUGUUCAAGACAUUCACAGUGACAAUAAAGGAAGUUCUAUCAGGAAAUAAGGAUGAAGAUAGCGCAAAGGAACCUGAUGAUGAUGAACCUACUGCUGGAACUGAGGCUGAGUUACACAGUUCAAACAGAACCUUAGAACCCCUCAGAACCCCCGAUAGAAGGAGUUCGAAGAAGUCAACCCAGGUGCUUGCAGGCUCUGCUCGCUCCUAUCAGUUCAGGAAUCUUCUAGCUCAGACGCGGUACUCAGUCUCUGUGGUCAGCUCUGGACGAGGCUUAAGAUCCAAAAUUCACCGUCUCUUUGUGUCCACAGGUCCUGAGCCACCCACAGAACUUCUGUUCAGCAAUAUUACAGAAACAUCCUUCUCUGUGUCAUGGACCAAGCCUAAAAGCAAAGUAACAGAGUUCAAGGUCACAUACACCAACUCUGCAAAUGGGGAGACUGGAUCCAUGUCUGUUGAUUCACAGCUGUCCCACGUUCUCAUUUCCAAGCUCUCGGCUGGCUCCUCCUAUGAAGUUAGCGUGAGGUCCAUUCUGGAAACAACCGAGAGUGAGCCGACUACUGCCUCUGUUACUACAGUACCCAACUCCCCCAGUUAUCUCCAUGCAGUGAAUGUUACAGACACCAAAGCACUACUGUUAUGGAAGCCUGCUCAAGCUAAAGUUGACCAUUACAUCCUCACUUAUGGGUCUGCAAAAUCUCCUAAUGUGACAGUGACAGUGAUGCUCUCUGGCAGUUCAGUGGAGCACCAACUCAAAGGCCUGCACAGAUCUACUCUCUACACAGUGAAAAUCAGAAGCCAAAUCAACAGCCUCCAGAGUAGCUCUGUCUCCACAACCUUCACAACAGCAAGUGUGACACCCAGUGAAGUCACUUUCAAUUCAGCUGUGAUUUCAUGGAAGGCCUCUCGUCUGGUUUUCAGAAGCUACAGGCUUACAUACCAGCUAGGAGAGGAGAUUAAGGAAGUGAUCCUGAAUCCAACUGUGACACGAUAUCAGCUGACCGGUCUGAUGCCAUUCACUAACUACACCAUAAAAGUAGAUGGAGAGCGUGAAGGGCAGUAUAUCAGCAUUCUCUCCAGUGCAUUCACCACUGCCCAGCUGCCUUACCCGUACCCAACAGACUGCUCCCAGGUGCAGCUGAAUGGGGUGAAGGAAUCUGGGGAGGCCGAGGUCUAUCCCGAGGGGACCGACGGCGAGCCAGUGUGGGUCUACUGUGACAUGGAGACUGACGGAGGAGGCUGGACAGUAUUCCAGAGAAGAAUGGAUGGAUCUACAGAUUUCUUUAGAGGCUGGAAAGAUUACAGCAAGGGAUUUGGACACCUGAGUACAGAAUUUUGGCUCGGAAAUGACCUCCUUCACGCCCUAACGAGCCUGACUCCAAUGAGCUUGCGCAUUGACCUGCGUUCAGGAAACGACACUGUCUAUGCUCACUACUCCAGCUUCACUGUGGGAUCUGAGGAAAAUCAUUAUGCCAUUGAACUAUUCGGAUACACUGGCACUGCUGGGGACUCCAUGAGGUACCACAAUGGUCGUCCAUUCUCCACCAAGGACAAGGAUCCCAGGCCCCUCAGUAUCCACUGUGCCAAGGCCUAUAUGGGAGGCUGGUGGUACAAGAACUGCUACAAAGCCAAUCUCAAUGGCCUUUAUGCCACGUUCUCUGAGAACCAGGGGGUCGUGUGGAUCGACUGGAAGGGAAAGGACACCUCCCUGCCGUUCACUGAGAUGAAAGUGCGGCCUGUCUCUCUGAGACCCACUGUGAUGAAAAGCCAGCGCUAGACCAGCCUGUCUGUCCACGGAGUGCUCCUUCUUAAUCUACUGUACAACAGCCCACGCACAGCCUGCACUGUACAUACCUCACCCACAUAUAUCAAUAUUUGACUGUUUAAGGCAAGCAAUCUGUCCCUCCCUAUUUUAUACCAGUUGUACAGGGCUAAAUUUGUUUAAAAUAUACAACAGCAAUAAAUAACAAACAUCAUUCUUAUAUUCAAUAUUCAUAUUACCUUUUUUGUCCCAACCAGUUAUGUAUUCUAGAUAUACUGUGUACCACUUGUUAAGUCAUAACAUCUAUAAAAAUGUUAUGUAUUUGCUUAUAAAGGGGCAUUCUCGCUCAAAAGGUUUUUUUAAAAAAAACAAACAAACUGUUUUUAUAUAACUACGGCAAAGACUCCAUGCUAGCUAAACAUUACACAGGGCUCACUGCCCAGAUGUUCCUGAAUCUAAGCGCUACUGAAAUGAAUGCACUGUUACAUUCUGUGGGAUGUGAAGGUUUCAGACCAAAGGCCUCGAAGACCCUGUUCUGUUCUCUGUUCUCUGUUCUUGGGUUGAUCAUAACAGUGCCCCAUUCAGAGUUGCUCUAUGAAUGUGUUGU